AUGGCCAACCGUCUGGGCUUCACCCAAGUGAAUGACUUGGGGAAGUAUCUCGGCGUCCCCCUCAUCCAUGGUAGAGUCCGAUCGGCCACAUAUGGUCACAUCUUGGAAAAUCUGAGAGCACGUCUUUCAGGGCUAAAGCCGUCUUCGCUCACCCUUGGAGGAAGAAUCACAAUUGGGGGCGAUAAUGAAGCGAGAAAAUUGAGCGGAGUUGGGUGGGAAGAAGCCUGCAAACCUAGGGAUUUGGGGGGGUUGGGCUUGAAAAAGCCCCUUACUAUGAACAAGGCUUUUGUCAUGAAACUGGGAUGGGGAUUGGUGGACAAACUAGAGGCCUUAUUGGUUAAAGCCGUCAGAGGAAAAUAUGGGCUCCCACAUCAGUUAGGCCCAAACGACUUGAGGAAAAUCAAUGGAUCCUCUACUUUUAAUUCCAUAAGGAAGGUGUGGAAGCCCAUGUUGCAAGAGAUGAGAUGGGCGUUGCAUGAUGGCAGGACCAUUAGAUUCUGGGAAGACGCUUGGGUCAUGGGCUUCAAACCCCUACGUGAUCUAGCAACAAGACCCAUUCCUAGGGAUCAAUUGGCCAAGCCUGUAGCUGAAUUUUUGAAUAUGGAUGGACAAUGGGCUUGGCCUUGGUUCCAGUCACGGUUGCAAUGUCGGUAG